AUGAAGGAGGAGGUCGAGAGGAAGGAGAAACCGGAUGAAGAGAACGGAGUGGUCAACAUAAGCGAGAAAAUUCGAAUUAAACGACGAUUGGAUGACGCGUUGGUCGAUCACGAUAUCUCUACAGAUUUCGUUCCGUACGUUUCAGACGACAUCGGAGUUUCUUAUAAAGGGAAAAGGAUAAUCAGAAGCGCGAACAAGCAUCCAAAGCAUAAUAAUAACAAGAUGCAAAGAAAUCGUAGAAAGCUGAAAGGGAGGCAUGCAAAGCACAAUCACAAAGAUGCAAGUGGUAUUGAUCAGUCACGGAAUAAGGACAGUGUGCAUAAUGCUGCGACACUGCGUCAAAAACGUGAAUAUGCGGACAAUGCCUUUUGGGAUCCUCUCGAUUCAGAGUACGAGGAACCUUUAAUUUACGAUUCUAUGGACACGGCGAACGUGGAAUCGAGUGGCGGGAAGGCGAGCGGCGGUACGGCCAAGAAAAAGAAAAGUUUGGGGGAUGAUAACGGUGGUAAAAAUGCUGGGUCUUGGGAAAAAGAGAUGACGACCGGCUUGAAAAGGGACAGGAGCGCGAAUGAGAAAGAGAAUAUCGAAGAAAACGUGUCUCUUGCCAAAAUCCAGUCCCCAGAGCAAGACAAAUUUAAGACGGAGAACAGAGAUCUGAUGGAGGAGGAGGAACCGAUAACGGGCAAGAACCAAGUGGAAGACGAAAUACUAUUGCUCAAUAAACGACUAGCUUGGAAGCAAGAGAACGAGCAGCAAUUGGAGGAGGUUGCUUUCGGCGAGGAUAUGAGGAAAUCGUUGAAGGACAAAGAGUUAUUCGAAAAAUUGACCGAAAUCGACAAGAAGAAGUACGACACGUUCAAGAGGCAAUACCAAAAUUACACCUCUACAAAUUAUACGACCAACAGUCGAAACGGGAGAGACAAUUUAUCAAACGAGGACAAACUGAGGAUGCUCGAAAAGAAGAUAAAUGUUUAUGCGGAUGAGUGAGAGGCGAGAAGCGAGAAGCGAGAAAAAGUAGGGCGUGGAGGAGAAAAAGUGGCGGGCGGGGAAGAAAGAAAUUGACAAGUUCACCGAGCGAUCAACCACCCCCGCGAUAAAUUGCAAGAUAAAGUGAAACCGUUAAACAGGAACGCAAAGUUGGAAAGACGAACUUGAGAAAGAGAAGAUAACGUUGCAAGGGAUUGUGCGAUUAAAUGGAGAAUUAACCGAGUGCGUCGCAACGAUAUAACGAGUUUCGUCGUGAAUCGAAAAAAGUUAUAUUUCGAUUCGAGAGAGAGGACCACGCAAAGGGAAAGAAUCAAUCAAGGUAAAAAUAACUCAUCGCAAUCACAGUG